AUGGACACAGAUAGACUUUUGGACAUUUUUGAUUUCGACCUCGAAAUAGACUUCGAGACUGCCUAUGAGAUGAUAAACAACGAGGAUCAGAAUUCGAAGCAUACAGCCGGCCGGCCUCUGGUAGAAAAUGAGGUUGACAGGUGGAGUAUGUCUGAUGCAUCACUAGUGAAACGCGAAAUUGAUCCCCUGAGAGCGCACCUGGAUGGAAGCCACAAGGACAUUGAAGUGGAACACCUGAGACGUAAGUCUGAGGCGCAUCGUGCUGGUCUUUUAAGCGAAUUCGAAUCGGCUGCAAUUGAGCAGUUUCUGGAUAGCCUUGUCGCUGGUGAUGGCAAACCCCUUAAAGAUCCGUUUUCGCCGGCGUGGGACGAGCUGCCGCGUGGCUUACACCAAGACCCAUGUGAAAAGCCUUCUGUUCACAACCAGGAAUUUGUACACAAACCAGAAAGCACACCAGGACUUCACAUUGGAGGUGAACAGAAGCGUUCAAAGGAACGAACAUCCAUCGUUCCUGCCGACUAUGCGCCAGCGGUCAUCAAGUCCCCGGAUAUAACUGUCUCUGAUUCUGAAGUUCCGGUCGAUUUACAAAAUGAUCCUAUAAAGCGCAAGCAAUGGAAACAUGUCGUCUUAGAAAAAAAGCGGAGAAACGCCAUCAAGGUUAACUUUGACGAUUUAAUAAAGCUCAUAAGGUUUCCUAGGAUGAGCGUCAUGGCAUCACAAGAAGCUCAGCUAAAGGAGCGUUCACCGGAUGAAAACGUACCGCGAAAAAAACUCAAGCCGGAUAGGACACCCAACAAAAGGAUCCCAAAGCAUGUGUUACUGAAUUACAUUAUAGAGGAUAUGGAGCUUCUCUCACAAGCCAACAAAAGCUUAGAAGCUUUGUUGGAAGGAUAA